AUGGGAGCAGCUGGAGAUGGACAAAUGCGCCUCCAUGACAGUAUUUCUGAAGAAGGGUUUCACUACCUCGUGUUUGACCUUGUUACCGGCGGUGAGCUAUUUGAAGACAUUGUGGCCAGAGAGUACUAUAGUGAAGCAGAUGCCAGCCAUUGUAUACAUCAGAUUUUGGAGAGUGUUAAUCACAUCCAUCAGCAUGACAUUGUCCACCGGGACUUGAAGCCUGAGAACUUGCUGCUGGCGAGUAAAUGCAAGGGUGCUGCAGUCAAGCUGGCUGAUUUUGGCCUCGCCAUUGAAGUGCAGGGAGAGCAGCAGGCUUGGUUUGGGUUUGCUGGCACCCCAGGUUAUUUGUCCCCUGAGGUCUUGAGGAAAGAUCCCUAUGGAAAACCUGUGGAUAUCUGGGCCUGCGGGGUCAUCCUGUAUAUCCUCCUGGUGGGCUACCCUCCCUUCUGGGAUGAGGAUCAGCACAAGCUGUAUCAGCAGAUCAAAGCUGGAGCCUAUGAUUUCCCAUCACCAGAAUGGGACACAGUGACUCCAGAAGCCAAGAACUUGAUCAACCAGAUGCUGACCAUAAAUCCAGCAAAGCGUAUCACUGCUGACCAGGCUCUCAAGCACCCAUGGGUCUGUCAACGAUCCACGGUGGCCUCCAUGAUGCAUCGCCAAGAGACUGUGGAGUGCUUGCGCAAGUUCAAUGCCCGGAGAAAACUGAAGGGUGCCAUCCUCACCACCAUGCUUGUCUCCAGGAACUUUUCAGGUAUGUGUUCCCAGCUGUGCACUUUAAUUCUACAGAGGUGAGUGGGUCAGAAAUAGAGUAUGGCCAUCUCAGGUAGCACAGGUGUCUCAUGUAACACCUUGAGCAGGAUAAAUCAGGAUCCUGUUUUGAGGGGCUGCUGCUCCCAAGUCCUGUUACUGAGAUUCUUUGGGGACUUGGAGAAACUUUUGUAAGGGCUCAAAUUCUAUUCCUUAGACUCUCCCAAAAGUAGGCUGCUCAGCCUCCUAUGUACCUUGUCCCUGUAUAUUCUUACUCAAUU